CUAGAUGCUCGGGGUCUGCAGGAAUGGUUUUACAUUUCUUGAUGAUACCUGCGGCCACUAAGAAACGAGUUUUGACAUUUCUACUUCCAACCAGGAGACCAACAGAGGGACUGAGUAGAUGAUGUAAGCCAUGAAUAGACAGCAGCAGAAUGGAAUUGGUCACAAGAAAAGUUUCAAUGGACUAAAUGGACACUACGUAGAACCCUCAUGGCCUUUAGUAGAGACCUGGGAUGAUGUUAUUCCAUUACCUAGACUAUCCUUUAAAAGAUCUGCAUGGAUUGUAUUUACCUUAGCUGUACUCUGUUUUGCCAACAGUUAUGAUGGUGAUUUUGUGUUCGACGAUAGUGAAGCAGUGACAGGCAACAAAGAUCUGAAGCCAGAAACACCAUUAUUGUCAUUAUUUCAUCAUGACUUCUGGGGAAGAAAACUUGACUCCAAAACUAGCCAUAAGUCAUAUAGACCACUUACAGUGCUGACAUUCAGAUGGAGUUACAGUUUAGCAGGUGGUCUCUUUCCUAUGAACUUCCACAUCAUCAACAUCAUACUCCAUGGAAUUGUAUCUGUGUUAAUGUUAGCCACAUUCUCUUUACUGAUGGCAGGAUGUGAGAUCAGAGAUGGUAGACCUGUCUUUGGUUGUCCCAGAGCUGCACUGUUUUCUAGUGUUUUAUUUGCAGUUCAUCCAGUUCAUACUGAAUCAGUUGCAGCUGUUGUUGGAAGAGCAGAUCUGUUAUGUGCAUUAUUUUUUAUAUUGUCAUUUCUUGGCUACAUCAAAGCUUGUUUAAAAGAUGUUGAUGAUGAAUCAUUAUACAGACCAUCUACAGUAUCCAUCUUAUGGUUAAUAGUCAGUGUGUUACUGUGUGGUCUGUCUGUGUUGUGUAAAGAACAGGGGAUCACAGUUAUUGGCAUAAUAAGUGCUUAUGACAUUCUUAUAAUAUGUAAAAUAGAUCUGUUAGAAACAAUUGGCUUCAAAAGUCAGACUGAAACCAAAACUGAUGAACAGGAGUUUGUCAAACCAUGGAAGAAAUGUUUAUUGUUUCGUCACAUAAUUUUAUUGAUCUCAGGCCUCAUUAUUCUGACCACUAGGUGGAGAAUAAUGGGUUCUACUACACCAACAUUCCAAGUCUUUGAUAAUCCACAUUCCUUUGUUAAUGGAUCACUUUUUAGGGCAUUAAAUUAUAAUUAUUUAUAUAGUAUAAACAGCUGGUUGUUAGUUAAUCCCUGGUGGCUGUGUUUUGAUUGGUCAAUGGGAUGUAUUCCUGUGAUAGAAUCUCUUUCUGAUUGGAGGAUUAUGGUUGUGAUUGUGUUUUGGAUAGUAUUAGCAUUUUUAUUGUUCACAUCUUUGAAUGGAAUUAUGAACCAACAGAAAAGAAAUGUAACUAUGGCAUUAGCAUUCCUAAUCAUACCAUUUCUACCAGCUACAAACUUAUUUUUCCGUGUUGGUUUUGUGAUAGCAGAGCGAGCACUUUACCUUCCAACAGCAGGAUUCUGUAUUAUUGUUGUGACAGGAGUUAGUAAAUUAUGUCAAGAUAAAGAAAAAAGAGAGAUGAUUAAAUAUUGUAUAUACUACCUAGUAAUGAUGUUUGUAAUAAGAUCGGUUCAUAGAAGUGAUCAAUGGAGACAAGAAAUGUCAUUGUUCCUGUCUGGUGCUAAAAUGUGUCCACUUAAUGCUAAGGUUCACUAUAAUAUUGCUAAGCUGAAUGGUGAUAAAGGCAAUGCUGAUAUAGCUAUUGAGAAAUACAGACUUGCAAUAGAAUUAAAUGAAGAAUAUGACCAAGCAAUGAAUAACCUAGGAAAUAUAUUAAAAGAGAAAGGAGACUUGAUAGAAGCAGAAAAGUUAUUGUUACAAGCUGUUAAUAUUAGAGAUGACUUUGCAGCAGCUUGGAUGAAUCUUGGAAUAGUACAAGCCUCUUUACAUAAGAACAACUCAGCUGAGAAAAGUUACUAUACAGCAUUAAAACACAGACGAAGAUAUCCAGAUUGUUACUACAAUCUUGGAAAUAUGUAUCUUGAGAUGGGGAAAAACCAAUUAGCCAUACAAGCCUUCAGAAAUGCUACACAACAGAAACCAGACCAUGUUAAUGCCUGGGGAAAUAUGGUUAUUCUCCUAGACAAUAUAGGAUUAACCGCAGAAGCAGAAAAAGUUGGCAAAGAAGCUUUGCAAUAUAACAGUGAUCCUUCCUUAUUGUUUAACUUAGCCAAUGUUUUAGGGAAACAAGAUAAGUUUAAAGAAAGUGAAGUUGUCUUCUUGAAAGCUAUACAACAAAGUAAUAAAGAUUCAAGAAUGUAUGCUAAUUUAGGUGUUUUGUACCACAGAUGGGGUAAAUUUGAAGCUGCUGUUAAAGCCUAUACCACAGCAUUACAGUUAGAUCCAUCAUUAGAUACCACCAAGGAUAACUUACGGAUGGUCAAUAGAAAAAUGGAGAAGGCACAGAGAAAAUAACUGUUAAAAACCAUGAGAUUAAUUGUAUUCAAUUUGCCAAAUUUUGUAAAUUUUAAGUGAAAUUAUUUUAUUAUAUGAUAACUAUUACGAAGUCCUUAAAAUUGUUUGUAGAUAAAUAGAAAAGGAGUAAAAGUUUAAAGAAAAAUGAAU